UUUACACCAUACAAAUCCAAAUCCGAAAGAAAGCACCAGCAGCAGCCUCCAUUCUUCGUGAUGGAGCGUUUUGCAAUAAAAAUUGAUAAAAGUCUUCGGGCAAAUCUUUAUAAAAUUUGUCGACUUUGUGGCAUCGAUAAUCCCGACAAAAUAAAAGUUCGCGACGAUGCAAAUAUCGUCAAUUUGGAAGAUGGCGAACCCGAAUUAUGGAAGAAAGUUUUCGAUUGCAUUGGUCUGAUGAUAACCAAGGAUGACAAAAUGCCACAAUUUAUGUGUACUCUGUGCGUUGACAAGAUCAAUGAUUUUUUCGAAUUUCGCGAAAUGUGCUAUGCCACCGAUGGACAAACUCGCAAACUUCUUGGAAUCAAAGGCGAACCAAAGUCAAAGCCAAAGGCACAAGCAGUUGUCCCCUCAACAUCGGUCGAUUGCAAAAUCGACAUAGACAUAAAAGAACCAAUGCCCGAAGUGACACCUUUGCGAGCUGGGCGAAAACGUCGAAAUGCCGAUAUGGAUAUCUGUAAAGAUAUCAAAAUAGAUGAAACUGAAGAUAUUAAACCAUCAACUACUACUAACGUUCCAACCAACGUUUCCAAAAAGAAACGCAUGAAAUUAAGUAACAUCACAGAAACUGAAACAAAAGUAGAACCAGGUACUAAACCUGGUCCUGCAUCUAAAACAUCGGCAGUCAACACAAAGAAAGAACCAACUGCAGUUAACACCAAGAAAGAACCGAAAGUAGAACCAUCUUCUAAAAUCCCAUUAUCGAAAAAACGUCUCAAAACUGAACCUAUAGUUCCAGUUAAAGAGAAUAAAAAAGAAGUUAAAGCUGCAAAAUUAACAAAAUUAAUGAAAAAGAAACUUAAAUUAGAAGCAGCAUCAACAGCGCCAGUGGUGCCUGAAGAACAAGAACAACAAUUCACAAGAAAACGAAAAGAAUUGAUCAAACUGAAAAAACUUCCACAAGUUAUUAUUAAAGCAGAAAGACUUAGAAAAAGUAUUAUAGAUACAAAAAUAAAAGAGGAGAAACCAGUUGUCGUCCCAACUACAACUCCAACACCAUCUCCUGUACCAGCAGCAGCUCCCACAAAAACAAAACCAUCUAAAACUAAAGAAAAAUGUACGAUUUGUAAUGAAGGAUUCGUCAACAAAGCACAUCUUGAUAAGCAUGUCAAAGCAACUCAUAUACCAACUAUACAGCGUUAUCAUUGCGUCCAAUGCAAUGAAACUCUUAAAAAGAAUAUGGAAAUCAAAAAUCACAAUUUGUGGCACAAACUCUCGAAAACACCAUUUAAAUGUGGAAAAUGUUCUGAAACUUCUUGUAGCAUAUACACUUAUACCAAGCAUAUUCGAGAUUGCAACCAAAUUGCAUAUCUUGACUCGCACAUUCCUGACUGGCAUUGUCCUGAUUGUAGUGGCAACUAUGAAACCACUUAUCUCUUUAACAUUCAUUCUUGCGUUUCAAAAGGAUUAGUCUGUCCGGGAUGUGAAAAAUCACUCAAAUGGAAAGAAGACUACUUCAAACACAUUCCCACAUGUCCCUCGGCGUUCCAUCGUAUUCCUCCCUACAUGACAUCAAAUAUUCAAGUGAAAAACGAGGCUGAAUUACCCACAUCGCCCGUACCGCCACCGCUCACUACACUGGCGUCUCUGCCAGUAACAACAAUCGUUACAGUACAAUCGACACCAACUACGCGGAUUACACCACCUCAGAUGGAUUCAAAUCAGUGUGUCGUUAUUCCAGGUAAUAUUUCACUUCAUGAAGAAGCGGGUUCAUCAUCACCUUCCAAAACUAGCCGCAAAGGUAAACGCAUCACAAAGAAAGAUCUAAAGAGAUUCGACAAACUUCUCAAAAGCACUAUGACAACUUUGGUAAGCAUUAAGCAUGAACCGUCUCAAGGAGUAGAUGGAGAUGGGUCUGCUGCUGUUGGAGAUAGCGAACAACAACCUUCGUCAUCUGAGGUUAUCGAACCAAGUGAGCCUCCGCCGUUGCCGCCAGAUUCGCCACCUGGGUCGCCGAUGGAUUGUGGCGGUGAUGAUUUCCAUCACAAUGGCGACGACACUGACAGUGGCGAUGAACAAGCAGCCAAUACCGCCCCCAAACCAGCGGGAACAAUUAAACAAGAAAUUAUAGAUGAAGGCUACAGAGAUUUGUAUAAUAAUAUUGAGGUUAAUAUCAAACAUGAAAUCGAAGUUAAUAAAAGCUCCGAAGAAGAAUCACCACAGAAAAAGACAACAGCUGAAGCUGAGGAGUCAACUCUUGCAACACAGAAACCAAUUCUUAAGCUGAAGAUUACUAAAGAGCAUGGCACACUUAAUUCAAUUCUAAUGGAUUCACCAAAAAGUGAGAAAAAGAAGAAGAAGAAAAAACGAAAAGAAGAUCGAGUUAAGUCGCCUGAUAAAGAGGAUAAGGAGGAACAGAGUGUUGCUCUGGAUGAUUCUGUGGCGCCUGGUGCACCUGCAGUAGCUGAUGAAGUGAAAAAUAAUGUCCCAACUGAGGCAAAUCUUCCUCUUCAAGACAACGUACCGAUAACAAAAGAAACUCCACCACUUGCAUGUAAUAAAACAGUGGUUUCUGUAACCGAAGAAGCAGAACCAGCUAUGCCGUUGCCGGAAAUAGUUAAAAUUAAAAAAGAAAUCACCGAACCCGAAUUAGAUGAAACCGAAGAAGAGGCAUCUAGUCAAAAUACUCCAAGUAUUGUUGCAUCUUCAAGUGGUUCCUUGCAGAUUUCCUGUGUUUCUGAGGGUGUUGUAUUCCACAGAGCUGAUGAAAACGAAGAAGCCGUUAAAGAUCAAGGAAACUUAACUACGACUCAUGAAUCUGAUAAUUGGGCGGAACCAAUUCCUUCAAUGGAAUUAUCUCUUAACUUGCCUUGUGUUAAUCCGUCUUCGUCCAUGGAAUAUGCUAUGACACAAGACAUAGAAGAAGAAGAAAUAGAUAUUAAACCUCGUUUGGAAGACCUAAUACCGAUACCAAUGUUACAAAUAACUAGUAUUCAAUCGGGAGCAGAAGUUAUCGAGAAACCUGUUAAAACUCCAGUGAAAAGGAAGCGACGCUCAACUGUUGCUAAGUCUAAUCCAAUACCUAAAAUUGUGGCAGUAUCAAGUGGCAAUGAAGUUGCUUCUUAUCAUACGGAAUCGGAGGUUCCAUCGGUACAAGAGAAGAUUCAAUUAGAUAAGAACAAAGAUGAAUUUGAUUUCAGUCAAAUUAAGAUAAAAGAAGAAAUUGUCGAUCCUGGAUACUAUGAAGACAGUAAUGUUAAUCCUGAGGAAGAAGCAGAGCAUGAAGAAGAGGAGCAGGAAGUAGAUCAGGAAGAGGAAGAGCAUGAAGAAGUAGACCAGGAUGAAGCAGAAGAGGAAGAAACAGAGCAAGAACAAGUUGAAGGAGAUGAAGAAGGAUUAGACGCAGAUGAAGUCGAAGAUGACGGCGAUGAACAAAUAGAAACACAUAUAUCAAAGAAACAAGCUGAAGAGAAUGCUUAUAUUGCCAGUAUCGAUUUCAAUAAUCUAACAAUAAAACAAGAAAAAGAGUACAUUGAUGAUGGAUUACAGAAUCCGGGUGUUUUUGAAGAUGAUGACGAUGAAGACGAAGAAGAUGCAUGUAGUGAUGACAACGAUUCAGAAGAUUCAAGCAGUGACGAUGAUGAUGAUGAUGACGAUGAAUCCAAUAAAAGUGAUUCAGAAUCUGAACGUGAAUAUCGUGAAUUACCAUCAGAAGAUGAUGAACAAGAAGAAUUACAAUCACCAACUAAGAAUAUAGAAAAACCUGUUGCUAAGGAGAACGAAACAACAGUUUCACAAAAACCUUUAGGAUUACAAAUACUCACUGUUCGCAGUGAGUUUAGUUGUCUCGAAUCAGGUAAAAAGACUGAAUCAGAAAAUAUAGAUUCUGAUGAAAAACUUCGUUUGACGACAAAUGACACCAGCGAACAAGUCAGAAAUGAAAAACAAAUGGUUCAAAUGGAAGUUGAUGAUGAAUGUGAACCAAUGCAUGAAGGCACAUUGAAUGCUAAAGAAAAUCAACCAAAGCUAAAAAAUGACGAGGCGUCUGUGAAAAUAAUUGAUGCAAAAUCAUUGCAACAGACUCAUAGUGAGAAUGUUCACUUAGAAGAAUCUCCAAACAAACUUGACUAUGAAAUGAGUUGCAGUAAAAGAGCGACGGACGCAGCUCAGAUGAACCAUUUAGAUAAUCAGGAAAAAGAUGCUGAGUUGGCCCAAAUCUGUGAUGAUUUAGGAAGUAAAGCGAAUGAACAAGUGGAAAAUAAUUCAACCUUUUCCAAUUACUUAUCCACCUCUACGCUUUCUCAAGAAGUCGAUCAAAUGGAACAAAAUCCAUCUUUUUCUAAUGAAAGUCUGUUUUCUUCUGAUCAUAUAUCCACCUCCACACCUCCUCAAGAAGCUGCUGAACAAAUAAAACAUAAUCCAUCGUUUUCCAAUGAAAGACAAUGUCCUUCUGAUAAUUUUAUAACUCCUAUGCCUUCUCGAAAAGCUGUUUUGGAAAGUAAUACAUUAGACGGGGUUUUAUAUUCUGGGGUUUCAAAUGAAGAUUCUACUAGUAGAUUACUAGUUCCAGAAGAUAUUGUGGACACAAAUGCUUUUAGCAUUCAAAACACACAAAAUGUUCCCGAAACAGUUCAAGGAAGAAGUGAUCCAGAGCUCAAAUCUGAUAUCGACACGAUGUCAAUAGAUCAGUCCUAUAACACUGCCCUUCAGACAAUUAAUAAAGUAUCCACGCAUGUUGAUGGACUCAGUGUGGAAGCUUUUGGUGAUAGAAUCGGACAAACUGACGGAAGUCGUGCUGAAUUUAAACAAAUGACAAAUGAUGGUCAUCCAAUAUCCACUUUGACUGAUAUUCCAGAAAUUGGAUUAUCAAGUAAUUUUCCAGCCGAAGUGGUGCCUCAGACGACGAGAUUUGUAGGCACAAUCGAAAGCUGCGAACAAAACCUCUGUGACUUACCACCACCCCGAGUGGAUAAUGCACAACAGAAUUCAUCGCUCAUCUCAACACCAGUACAAAGUGAUUCCCAUUUGCGGGAAACUGUUAAACCCGCCUUAAGCUAUUCUCUGCAUGAUGAUCAAAUUAGAUAUAAUGAAGGAAAUAAGUCCUCCUCAUCGGAACUGCCUCCGAGUGUACUAGAACAUACUCUGCAAAGCAAUACAAUCUUAACACAAAAUCACAAUCCAAAUGCUUUUGAAAACACCAAUAUCCUUAUGCAAUUUGGCAAUUCUAUGAGUAAUUCAAGUGUCGAUCCAUCUUCUUACCAUGACAGACAAGAAUUUCCCCCAAAUACACCACCACAGCACUCAAGUGCAUCUGUUUAUAACAUUCCUCCACCUUCAUCACCAAUGGAAAUGCAUCAUCAAUUCAAUAUGCCAGGAUCAAGUUAUGCGACGUACAAUUGCAACAGCGAUCCAACAAGAUUUACAGACUAUCAAAAUCUCACUGCACCAACUGCUUCACUUGUCCAUCAGACAAAUGUAAAUCAAUCUACCAGUGAACUUUCAACAAAUUCUUUAACUAACCUUUCAGUGCUUAGCGAAGAAGUUCAGAAUCUCCUUAAUGAAGAUACAGUUGCAGUUAAUAAUUUUGAAUAUAACGAGGGUGUAUUGAGGGCACGAGUCGCCGCUGUGGCUCCAAUUCAUCCUGUGCCGGUUUUCAAUGAAUUCGAGAAUCUAAAUGAAAUUGCAGAAAAUAACAAUAAUGCGAAUAUUGAAAGAGAACUGCAAGAUGAAUUGGGCAAUGUUUUGGCUGAUGCUAUUGCCGAUCGAUCAAAUGAUGACAAUGUUGACGAUGAUAACGUUAUGAAUGAAAAUCGUGCUAAUUUUGAUAUCACAUAAAAUUAAAAUAUAUAAAAUAAAUAUAUAAAUAAUAUAAAUUAAGUUUAGUGCCAGGCAGAUAUAUCGUUUAGUUUUUAUUAUGUAGUGCAUAUACGAGUUUAUAAAAAUCUCAUAGUAGUUGCUAUAUUAUAUAUUUUUCUUUUUUAAUUUAAUAUUUUCUUUAUUAGAAAUUUAUCGCUUUCGUUUUGAUUGAUUUAUAUUUUUUUUGAUUAUUUUCUUUUGUAUUGAAUGUUUAUGCAUAGCAUAACCAUUGGUGUAUUUCAUAAAACAAAAAAGAGAAAAACCUAAAUAAUUAAUAUAAACCGAUAAAAAUAAUAAUAUAAAUACCAUUUAUCCAUUUAAUAAUGCAAUAAAAGCAUUUAGUGUUCUAAGAUGUAAAAGUAUUCAAUUUUGUAUUUCGCAAGAGUUUUUCGUUUUAAAACAAGAAUAGAAAGCAGAAAAAAACAA